AUGGCAUCCAGCGGUCAAGCCGGCGGCGCCAUGCAGAUGCAUGGCCCCCCCUACCCCCCCAAAUACGCCGGCCUCGGCGGCUCCCCAACCCGCUCCGUCGACAUCCCCAUCUCCGCCGUCAUCCUCGCCCUCUUCAUCUGCUCCGCCGUCCUCAACAUGACAAUCUUCCAGCGCAACCGGCGCCGCGGCCACAAGUUCGUCCUCUCCGGCCUCUUCUUCGGCUUCUCCAUGGCCCGCAUCUCCGCAAACGUCAUGCGCAUCGUCUGGGCCUGCUACCCGAUGAACGCCCGCAUCGCCAUCGCCGCCCAGAUCCUCGCCAACGCCGGCGUCAUCAUCAUCUUCAUCGCCAACCUGAUCCUCGUCCAGCGCGUGCUGCGCGCAUAUCACCCUCGUCUCGGCUGGAGCAUGCCCGCCAGGAUCGUCUUCCGCUCGCUCUUCGCCUCCGUCAUCGGGUGUUUGUUCAUGCUCAUCAUCUGCAUCGUCUACAGCGUCUACACGACCAAGCAGUCCGUCAUCGACCAGACGCACAUUGCCCAAACCGUUGCCGUCACGUAUUUCGCCUUUCUGGCCUUCUUACCGGUGCUCGUCAUCGGACUCUGCUUCGUCAUCCCUCGCCGCCAGCGGAUCGAGAAGUUCGGCACUGGAAGCAUGCGAUAUAAGCUCUUCCUCAUAAUCUUCACGUCUUGCCUGCUCACUCUCGGUGCCGCCUUCCGAGCAGGUGUGAUAUACUAUCGUGUUCCCGCCACCCAGUCACGGUGGUUCUACCACAAGGCCUGCUUCUACUGCUUCAACUAUACCAUCGAGCUCAUCGUCGUCUUCACCUACGCCCUGUCUCGAUUCGACAAGCGUUUCCACGUUCCCAACGGAAGCAGUGCUCCCGGUCACUAUGCCAACGGUGUUCCAGGCUCAGACGGAGCCGUUUUCGACGAAGAGCUGCCUGGCAGCGCUUCUGAGCAGACAAUGUCGGAUGCCACCUGGGAUAUGCAGUUCCAAAACAAGACUGCGCCCAAAGCAUCUGCUUAG